GCAUGUCAGUUUAUAAAACAGUCAUGUAAGCAGUUUACUAGUUGCUUUAUUCUCCACACUUCCAGUGACCGACAGACAGCGGACUCUCUCCAGUCAUGACGAGCUCUGAGAUGCUGAUGACAGGACUCCUCGUAGCGGGACUCUUCACCGUCCUCUGCUCUGGACAAACUUCCCAAGAACUGACCUUUGAUGACGCACAACUGUCCCCGCAGGAAACAGAGAAUCAGCUGGUUGAGGCUAUGACAGCACUUUUGGAGAGAUAUCAGAGCCAUUUGCCAUCUUCAGAAAAACGAGCCAUUCCACAGUGUGCUUUGGGGUCUCGCUGCGCCAUGAGACUGGGGUCACGCUUUGGAAAAUUGUGUGAAUGUGGCAGAGGAUCAAACUGUAACUCAUUUCUCUUAAAAUGCAUCUGAACUGAAUCUGGAAAAAAGGCAGCUAAUCCAUAAUCUUUUCUUGAAGCAGUAAAGUAAUGCUCAAAUGAUGACCUGAAAGAGGCAGAGGCUGGAAAUCUGUUUUCUGAAUCACUUAUAUACGACAAGAGGAUCACACAGCAUGACAAGCCAAUAAAAGCAUGAGUUUUUUUAUCUCUAUGUAUUUAUUUUUUAAAGGGCUGUUAUGUUAUCAAUAAACAUUAUUAUUCAUCA